AUUGCAGCACCAUCACUGUGAAUUAACCCUGCAUUCACAUUAGUUAAAUCCAGCAGGUAGAGCAAGGUGCAAUUAGGAGCCAUCAUGUCCAAAAGCAAGAGUUCUGAGUCUGUCAAGGUUGUGGUGCGAUGUCGCCCUAUGAAUGACAAGGAGCGUGCUGCCAACUUUGAGAGGGUGGUCUCCAUUGAUGUAAAACUAGGCCAGAUUAUAGUACGUAACCCCAGAGGUGGGUCCUCUCAUGAGCACCCGAAAGUUUUCACCUUUGACUCGGUCUAUGACUGGAACUCAAAACAGGUUGACCUUUAUGAUGAGACUUUUAGGCCAUUGGUGGACUCCGUCCUGCUUGGCUUUAAUGGUACCAUCUUUGCUUAUGGACAAACAGGAACAGGAAAGACCUUCACUAUGGAGGGGGUGCGCAAUGACCCUGAAAAGAGAGGAGUCAUUCCCAACUCCUUUGAGCAUAUUUUUACUCACAUUUCUCGCUCCCAAAAUCAGCAAUACUUGGUCAGGGCAUCUUACCUAGAGAUCUACCAGGAGGAGAUUAGGGACUUGUUAGCCAAGGACCAGUCACGACGUUUGGAGCUGAAAGAAAGGCCUGACACUGGUGUUUAUGUCAAGGACCUUUCAUCAUUUGUUACUAAAAGUGUUCGGGAGAUUGAGCAUGUCAUGAAUGUCGGAAACCAGAACCGUUCAGUCGGUGCCACCAACAUGAAUGAACAUAGUUCCCGUUCCCAUGCCAUAUUUGUAAUCACUAUCGAGUGCAGUGAGCUAGGUUUAGAUGGUGAGAACCACAUUCGGGUUGGGAAACUUAACUUGGUCGACCUGGCAGGAAGCGAAAGACAGACCAAGACUGGCGCCCAGGGAGAAAGAUUAAAAGAAGCCACCAAGAUCAAUCUUUCCUUGUCUGCUUUGGGUAAUGUCAUUUCUGCAUUAGUGGAUGGAAGGAGCACCCACAUUCCAUACAGAGACUCCAAGCUCACACGUCUGCUCCAGGACUCACUUGGAGGCAAUGCCCGAACUGUCAUGGUGGCUAACAUUGGACCGGCUUCGUACAACGUUGAGGAGACUCUCACAACUCUGCGGUACUCCAACCGUGCCAAAAACAUCAAGAACAAACCUCGCAUUAAUGAGGACCCCAAGGAUGCUCUUUUGCGAGAGUUUCAGGAGGAGAUCGCUCGUCUAAAACAGCAGCUGGAAAAACAGGGGAAGAAGAAAUCGGGCAAGAAGAAGGACAAAAUGAGAAGGAGGAGAGUCGGAGAGGAGGGAGAGGAUGACGAUGUAGAAGACGAGGACGAUGACGAAGAAGUAGAAGUUGGAGAUAGGAAUAGAACUGAUUAUUGGCGGGAGCAACAGGAUAAGUUGGAGAAGGAAAAGAGAGCCAUUCUGGAUGACCAUAGCUUGGUGGCGGAGGAUAAACAGCGACUCCUCUUUGAGAAGGAGAAAAAAAUGGAUGAUCUUAGCAGAGAAAAGGAGGCAUCUGAGAUGCUGGCAUCCAAAAUCAAGGCUAUGGAGAGUAAGCUGUUGGUUGGAGGGAAGAACAUUGUUGAUCACACUAAUGAGCAGCAGAGAAUUUUAGUCCAAAAACGACAAGAAAUCGCAGAACAGAAGAGGCGUGAGCGGGAGAUGCAGCAGGAGGUGGAUUGCUGGGAUGAAGAGACGCUCGAGCUGAAAGAGACGUACAGCUCUCUGCAGCAGGAAGUAGACAUCAAGACCAAGAAGCUGAAAAAGCUCUUUGCCAAACUACAAGCAGUAAAAGCAGAGAUCCAUGAUGUCCAAGAGGAACACAUUAAAGAGAGACAAGAGUUGGAACAGACGCAGAAUGAACUGACCAGAGAAAUUAAACUGAAGCACUUGAUCAUCGAGAACUUCAUCCCGCUGGAGGAGAAGAAUAAAAUUGUCAUGAGGGCCAUCUUUGAUGAAGACGAUGACACUUGGAAAAUGAAACCUAUUACCCGUGUUCAAGAUGAUCAGCAGAUGAUGUCGAGACCUGUGUCUGCUGUGGGCUACAGAAGACCGCUGUGUCAGCAUGCCCGCAUGGCCAUGAUGAUGCGGCCAGAUGCCAGAUAUAGGGCUGAGAAUCUUUUAAUGCUGGAACUAGACUUACCCACACGCACUACUAAGGAUUAUGAAGAGCCUGUGAUCGCUCCGAAAGUGGCUGCAGCUCUAGAGGAUGCGCUGAGGGAGGAGGAUGAGAUCCAGGUGGAUGCUUCAGCUUUGGUUCCUGACGUGUUCACAAAGAAACCAAAAUCAGGCCGUCCUAAAACAGGAAAGAAGGCAAGCACUCCCACUUCAGCCCACAGCCCCUCCAGCUCAGGAUACCCUCUGUACCCUCAGUCUCGAGGUCUUGUGCCUAAAUGAUGCCACUACGUCCUCACCCAUUUCAUCCUCCUUCCAGAGCUAGGAGUCACGGAGGCCUCGGGCAUUAUGGCACCACGGAGCUGACGGUUAAUGGUAAUACAAUAUAUGUGUCGAAAAUGCUCAUAGGAAUGCAGAACGUGCUACUACUACUUCUCCGUGUUAUUUGAUAUGAAGAGCAGAUUCCCAGAUCCUUUCCUCCCUGACUUGUACUACCUGAGUCAUGCUGCUGGUGGGAUUAAGACACACAAGGGUGCAAAUAUAAAGGAUAGAAAGCACUAGAAAAUACUAGCUUUUCUAAGUUAAAAGGAAUGAAAGUGCUGUUGUGUGGUCAUGUUUGUCUUCACGUCUGUAGAUGUCUCAUAUAGAGAACCAAAAAAAGUGUAACUUGUCUAAUUUAAGUGUUCAGUCUUACUGAUGACUGUAAACAUCCCUGUUCUUAAACACAGUGAAACACAGAUUGACUUGGAGGGUUUUAAUCUUAAGGCGGCAUUCAAAUGAUGAGCAUUUUGUGCUCACUGCAAUGAGGCUGGACGCAUAUUGCAGCUCAGCGCAAUGUUUACAUCUUCUACAUGAUACGCGGCAAAUCCGCUUUCUGCUGGCUGUCCCCCAGAGGGGCAAGUCUAAAAACAAUACACAAUAUUGACAGGUUAGUCACAUGCAGUAUUUUUGAUCAUGCAUUUUCUAAAACAAAACAAGAGUGCAAACCCAGUCUUCACGGUUUAGUUUACUAGUCGUCAUGCUGUAUUUUUAUUUUGUCUGUAUUCGACUUCUACGUCCGUGCUUGACUUCUG